AGUUUCCAGACUGGCUGGCUGCAGAGCUGAGAAGCCGACCAGGGAGGGAGGAGCAGAGCUUUGCCUGGAGACUUCUUCAUUUAGUAUUUCUCCGUCCCUCCGUCAUCUUCCCCAGAGUUUAUCUGGGGAAGGCUGGAAAUUUCUCCCUGAGCAAAAGCACCGAGGAUUCACUCCAAGGAACAGGGUGAUCCCACAGAGAUGGAUCCAUCCCCUGACCUAUACGAAACCCCUGGGGACAGUCUGGACCACUUUGUGGAGCACAGCCUUCAGCCCCGGAGGGACUGGAAAGAGGAAGGGCAGGACGCCUGGGAGAGAAUCGAGAGGUUCCUUCGGGACCAAUGCUUCCAGGAUGAGCUGCUUCUGGACCAAGAAGUCAAGGUGCUCAAGGUGGUGAAGGGAGGCUCCUCUGGAAAGGGGACAACGCUGAACCACAGAUCUGAUCAGGACAUGGUUCUGUUCCUGAGCUGCUUUUCCAGUUUCAAACAUCAGGCGAGACUCCGAGAAGUCAUCAUCAACUUCAUCAAGGCAAGGCUGCUUCACUGCAGGGAAAGCCUGGCCUACAACAUCACUGUGAUUAAACAGAGAGAAGGAAAUAGGACCCCUCGCUCCCUGACCUUAAAGGUCCAGCCCAGAAAGAGUGACGACAUUAUUCGGAUGGAUGUUCUGCCGGCUUAUGAUGCUUUGGGAUCCUUCUCCCGAGAUUUGAAACCAGACCCAGAAAUCUAUGAAGAUCUAAUAAGAACUAAAGGCAAUCCCGGGGAGUUCUCACCAAGCUUCACAGAGCUGCAGAGACAUUUUGUGAAAAGCCGCCCUGUUAAACUGAAGAACCUCCUCCGGCUAGUGAAGUUCUGGUACCAGCAGUACCUGAGAAGACAGCAUAGAAGAGCAGCAUUGCCCCCAAAAUAUUCUCUGGAGCUACUAACCAUCUAUGCCUGGGAAAUGGGUACAGAGAGCAGCGAAAACUUCAAUUUGGAUGAAGGAUUUGUAGCCGUGAUGGAGCUCCUCAGAGACUACCAAGACAUCUGUGUCUACUGGACCAAGUACUAUGAUUUCCAAAAUGAAGUCGUCGGAAACUUUCUCAAAAAACAGCUGAAGAGAGACCGGCCCAUCAUCCUAGACCCAGCUGACCCCACCAACAACUUAGGAAGUAGAAAUGGAUGGGACCUGGUGGCGAGAGAAGCUUCCUACUGCCUGCAGCAGACCUGUUGCUGGACUGGAAACCCCAGCAGGGGCUGGGAUGUCCCGCCAGCAAGGAAAAUUCAGGUGACAGUGAAACAAACAGAAAAGGAAACCUGGAGGCUCUGGGUAGACCCCUAUAGUCCCAUCAGGAAGAUGAAGGCAAAGAUCAAAAGGACAAAUGGCACCUCCGGGGAGCUACGCAUCUCCUUCCUGGAUCCACAAGGGGAGAGGCAACCGCUCAGCAGCCAGAAGACCCUAUCCGAUUAUGGAAUAUUCUCUAAGGUGGCCGUCCGGGUGCUGGAGACCUUUUCUCCUGAGAUCCAGGUCUUUGUGAAGGAUUCCAGUGGCCAGAGCAAGCCUUACGCCAUCGACCCUGACCAUACCAUCUAUGACCUGAAGGAGAAGAUUGAAGAUGCUGGAGGGCCUUGCACAGAGAAUCAGGUACUGAUGUUGGGGAAUAAGAAGCUGAAAGAUCGUUGCAGCCUUGCAGCACUACAGAUAAGAGACUGUGACACCAUCCAGCUCAGGGUGAUCUAGCCCUAGUCUGCCUACUGUAUGACGUCAACACUUGACGCCUCCCUGUCUCAACCCUUUACCCAGACGUUGUGUUCAUUCUGUACCCUAAAUAUCAACAUUUGCUCACACAUACAGAAUGAAGUUCAAGUUUCUUUGCUGAAUAGUGAGUCUUUGAUGCAAUCAAGCCAAGCCCUACUUCCUUCUCCGUCCCCACUCAAAACGCACCAGUCUCCCAAAUACUCAAAACUCACGCUAAAUGUCAAGUCAUGCCCCCGUCACUUUGAGUCAGUUAUUCUUUCCCCUUGGCCCACGUUUUCAUAUUUCAAGACUUAGACUUGUAAGUCACUGAAUCUCAAAGUGCAGACCCCGGACUGACAGACUCACCAUUACUCCAGGAACCUCUUAGAAAAGGAAAUUGACCCAAGUCAGAUAUUCUACCGAGGCAGCCGUCAGUGCCAUGAUAAGCUCUCCAAGUUGUUCUGAUGCAUGCUCAAGUUUGAAAAUGACUGGUGUACGGCCCAUGAGCUGGCCAAGUCAUCUUAUGCUCGUAUUCUCUCUCUUCGUCCACAGUAACCUUCUGUGAGAGGAAGUUGGGUGUUAAUCAUGUUGUUUUGUUAGAUCUCUCUCUCUAGAACAUUGAGACAUAAUUGUUUUUCUUGAAUGCUUUAUGCCUUGGCCCUUGUGAUCUAGAAUGGUACCGAUCCAGUGUAAAUAUUUGACGUGUACCUGUUGAAUAGAUAAACAAACCAAAGAAUGGCGUUGAAUCCCUCAAUGUUGUCUUCAUCAUAUCUGAUGCCAUUUUAGAGUCCACGUAGUUUGAGGUGCCCCUAGCCUACAUGUCAUUCUCUAAAGAUGUUCCCAAGUAACUUUUACAAACAUCAUACUGGUGGGUAGACAUGGUCUCCCUCUGUCUAAACCCACCUGGACCAAAGGUGAUGAGGGUAGACUCCAUCCACUGGUUAUCCUUAGGCAGGCCCAUAUUUCAAUCUUGGAAAGCAGGGCCUGGUACAGUAAACUUCUUGAAAGAAGCUGAACAGUCAAGAAUAGACCCACCCUUGCUUAAAUACAGACAGAGAACCAUUCUCCCACAGAACAGAGCCACACACAGCAAGAGACAGAGCCAGAGCAUGCUCUCACGCCCAGGGAGAGGCUACACGAGUCGUUUGUCCCUCCUGCUACCCAAGUUCUCCUUGUACCUUCUCAUCAUCCUCAUGUCACUGAAUAAAUCCAAGCGGGACAUCUUUUCUGCCCUGAGACCUCUGUUUCCACAGCUAAGUUCAGGUCACUUAUCUGUCCCUCAACACACGCAGAGUCCCAUGCACCCGUGUGGCCUUUAUACCAAGAGUCUCCAUAGACAACAUCAUUUGGCUGUCUUCACAGCUGCCUUAGAGCUGGAUGGACUUGUAGAAAUAACAACCCUUCUACAUUUUACAUAUGGGAGAAACAACAACAACAAACAAACAAGCAAACAAAAAGCUUAAAAUAUAGAAAAUCAGCCGGGAGGAGGUGACACAUUCCUUUAGUCCCAGCAGCACUCUGGAGGCAGAGGCAGGCCGAUCUCUGAGUUUGAAGUCAACCUAGUCUACACAGUCCAUUCCAGGACAGCCAGGGCUACACAGAGAAACCCUGUGUCAAAAAACAAACAAACCAAAAAAGUCCCUGCAAAAAGAUGGAUGGACGUCACAUUGAGAGUGAGGGCUAGAAGGCUAAAAGCAGGUCCCCUCUCCCAUCUCCCUCUCUCUGGUACCAGGAGGUGCCACUCACAUUUUGGGUGGGUCUUUCCUAUUCAAAUGACAUGAUCAAUAAUAAUAAUAACAGUCCCUCACAAGAAUGCCCAGUGGCUUGCCUUUCAGUUGAUUCUAGAUCCAGUCAGGUUGACAACUAAACUCAUCCACCUCAGACUCCAUCAGGUUACAAGUGACAGAAGCCUAAACAAAUACAGUUUGAGCUAAAUUAACUCAUGACCAGGUGACGGCUCACACCUGUAACCCCAGGACUCAGGAGUCUGAGACAGGAAAAUUGCUGUUCAGUUGGAGCCUACAGUUGGCCCCUGCACGAUUUGGAAAGUUCUAUUCCUGUCUGUCUGUCUUUCCAUACCCCUUCAGUUCAGAGGGUCUCGGAACAGAGGAAAGGAGCCAAAAUCCCAGCUCCGCAUUCUUGCCAGCUGCUGCAACUUCCUCCCCUAUGGCCGCCAGUCACUCAGCUUUUGACCAUACUUGGGCACAAACCCAACUUAUGGCAGACACAUCAUCGCCCCUUGGCUACAAUCUAUAAAACUUUCCUGCCCUGGUCUGGGUGCUUGGCUUCUCUGGCCUCCAUCUCUGGGACUGGAGAACCUGCCCAGGAGGUGCUUUUUCAGUUAAGCUCAAGCUUUUAAAACUUUCAAACACCAUCCAAAGUAUUAGGAGUGAAAUGAUUGAUGCUUCUUGGCCCUUGGGCACUUCAUGAAGGUGAACAGAAAGAAUAUGUGAGACCUGAGUACUUUUUGUGUGAAUAAAUUGUCACUAGAAAUAUGGUGAA